AUGGCUGAACUGAGGUUUUGUUCUUCUCAACCCUUCAUUGCUGUCUUCACAACGACCUCUAGUUCUGUUGCAGAAUUGCAAGAAUUCAUACACUCGGUUUCCAACCCUCGUUCAACAAAAGUCAUCAAGGGUCUGGGCAAAGUGAUGGCCUUUUAUGAGGAUUCAGGGGCCGAACGCCAGGCUCUUCAUACUCUACAACAUACCUCUUUGCCAACCGGCGCCCCAAUUGACUGCCAUUACGUUCCAGAUGUGUCGACGAAGGAUCCCUCACUCAUGCAAAACUACAAUCUUAAAGUUCCUAAAACCGAAAAAAACUGGCUUAUCAGUCCUCCAGGAUCUCCGCCGUUAGGCUGGUCACCUAUUCCGGAAGAGUCUCCUAAUUCUUUACAUCUUGCCCAUGACCUUCAACUUCGACUCGAUCAACUUGGAAAUACUUAUUUGGAUAAUUCAGAUACGGGGCCUCGUAUCGUAAUUUCCGACGUGGAUUCUUCUCGCGCAUCCCCUCAUGCCAGUUAG